CAGAAACUCUCCCCAGAUGCCCCUGUGUUUAGUAAAGAAAAGUCUAUGAGCCAGCAGCGUCUGAAUGUAAAGCAAGGAAAACCAAACAAGGCCGGAGUGAAGAAACAUAAACAUGAGCAGGAAGAAUUACCCCAGCUGCCACCAGCAGAAGCUGCAUUUUUGCCAGAUUUCCCAUUAAGGGGGGAUUUAGAGGAGCUGGAGUUUGAGGUUAACUUAUAUUUUUGUUAAAUUUAACUUUUAAAAUUUGAUGGGCUUAUUUUGUCUAUAUGAAACAGAAUUAAUAUAUUAUUUAGGGUCAUCGCGCGAUACCUUGGGAUCUUGAUACAGUGAGUGGGUGUCAUAGGUAAAAUUGUGAUAGUUUUAAAAUCUUAAUUGCUGGGAUUGAAUUUACUUAAUAAGAAAAAAUAUUACUGGAAUACCUCCUCUUGAAGUUAAUUGUUGACGUUCACAUCUUCAUGUAGGUCAUUGAUGUCAUAGCCAAAGGGGCAUUUGGAAAUGUCAUCAAAGUUCAACGUGAGGAUCAAAAACGGUUUUAUGCCAUGAAGGUGUUGGACAAGGAACAAAUAAUUCAGGAAGGUGCCAUAAAACAGUGCAAAGAUGAAGCUGCUAUUCAGGUACCCAUGGAUUUCCUUUUUAUGUUUUAUUAAAUUCAAAACUUUACCUACACAUGAGGAACCCAAAUUAUGAAAAUUAGAUGCUAAUCUUUUCUUGUUUAUUCUAGUUUAAUUAAAAAUUUUUAAAAAGUUCAAUAUGACAAAAAUGUCAUUCCUACUUUCAUUUAAGGUCAUUUUACCCUGGUUUGUCUUAAGUUUAGUGUUAUAUGACAUACCUCUGAGUUAUCUCAUGCUGCUAGUGCUAAACAACGUAUUAUUUUUCAUUUUAAAAAAAGUUUUAUUUCAGACAAUGGCACACAUAAUUGGACACGUAAAAUAUUUGCUGCCAACUUUGUUAAUUACAAAAUAAGUUUGUGACUAAAUUUUAUACUUUGACAGCAAUUGCAUUUUAUUUUAUGGGAGAUAUAAUUUAUAAAAAUGCUUUGUCAUUUAGUCAGUGGCAGGUGACCAUCCAUUUAUUGUGAAAGCAUAUGAGUAUUGGCAGUCCAGGCGCUUUCUUUAUAUAUGUAAGUCCUUGUUAAUAUUAAAUCAAGAUAUUUUAAGAAACAAAUGAAUUCGAACAUUAAAGCAGAAUGAUUUAGGAUUAAAACCAAACAUACAAAGGGUUUGCAGCUGUACUUAGUUGUAGGUGGUAGACCUAUUAGAGAAUUAACAGAUAUUUCUGUAGAUACGUUAUGGUUUUUAAUUGAUUUGAAUGACAUCUAUCAUUAGUUUUUUUGAUUUUUCUGUUUUUCAUCAGUUAUAGAAUUGAUUGAUUGAAUUUUCUGUGUUUCAUCAGUGCUUGACUAUGUUCCUCAUGGUGACAUGUUUACACUUUGGACAUUCCAUGGAGCCUUCCCUGAAAAUUUGGUUCGACUGUACAUAGCUGAGAUCAGUUUGGUCAUAGGUGAGACUAUGUUCUUCACACGUUGCAUGAUAGCUUCUUUCUCAAAAUACUCUCAAAAUACUCUCAAAAUACUCUCAACAUUUUUUGGUGUUGAAUUAAUAACCAUUUUUUUUUCAUUUGGUAAUUUACAUUUAGGCAUUAAAAGUAUAAUUCAGUGACACCAUACUGUGUGUUAAGUAAAAUUAAUAAUUCGUAAAAAAAAAUAAAAAUAACAUGACUUUUUAAAUAUGCAUCCUUUAUUCUCAGUUGUUGUUAUGAAUGUUAAGUUGAUAUGAGCAUUUGUAAUCGAAUGGCUCAUAUGAUUUUUCAGACUACCUCCAUAAUGCUAGUGUCAUCUACAGAGAUGUCAAGGUAAAGAAUGUUUUCUCUCUUUUUUUCUUUUCUUUUUGUACAUCAUCAUCAUCAUGAUGUCUUUGGAUCGUUGGGACGCCACAGAUGACAUGAAAACUAUCCUUCUCCAUUCCUCUAUGUUUUCUGCACUUCAUGCUUUUUUAAAUCCUCAUCUUAAAAUUUGUUACAAAAGUGAAAAUUUUAAAACUCAUGCCCAAAAAAUGUUAUUUUCAUCUUAAAAUAUCAGUUGCCAUGUUGUAUAUACUUCAUGGGACAUUCAAAGUUAAUGGAUUUUGUUUUACAUAUUCAGCAGCACUUUUUAUAGACCUCUGUUUGGGAACAACUGAUAAAAUGGUUGACUUUUUUUGUUGUUGUAUUAUUGCACUAUUAUUUUACAGAUGGAGAACAUUUUGUUUGAUCCAAAAGGCCAUAUACAGAUGACAGAUUUUGGACUUGCCAAAUGGUUACAAGGGGGUGACCAAACAAGGACAGUGUGUGGUACUCUCCAGUAUAUGGGUAAGUCACGAUGGAAGUCACAACUCCCAUAGGCCCAUUUGUUUGGGGCUUUUUCCAUUAUUACAUAGAAACAAACAAUUCAUUGCCAAUAUUACAUAAAACAGUUGGGAUUUUGCAUGUUGUUGCUCUAAUUAGUUUUCUUUACUUAAGUAAUUUUGUACACAAUACAUAAGUCCAGAGUUGUAGUUUAAAGAAAUACAAUACAAAUAAAAUUAAAUGUUGCUAUAUCAAAUGAGAGGCAUAUGCACAAUACAUAAGUCAGAGUUGUAGUUUAAAGAAGUAAAAUACAAAUAAAUUUAGAUAUUAUGAGAGAGACAUGUUAUAGUUGUGUUAAAUAUUUUCCCCAUCUGAAGUACUUAGCUACAUUUCAUAGACGAUUGAAUCUUAUUUUCUCUUUGACUAGCGCCUGAAGUGUUGUCUGUCUACCCGUACGGUCAUGCAGCAGACUGGUGGUCUGUUGGAAUCCUUAUGUACGCCAUGCUAGCUGGCAAGGUC